CUUGGCUAUAAAUACUUGCUGCCAAUCUCUUCUUCCCCACCGAGCAAGAGCCCUCCUCAGAGCAAGCAAGGAAGGAAGCAUCCUCAGAGUAGAGGAGCACACCUGCAGCUGCAGACCAUUACAAGACAGCAGCAGCGACAGGGCGGGAUGAGCCGGGGCGGCCUGGACCUGAAGCUGCACCUGUCGCCCCCGGCGCCGGCGCGGGGAGGAGCGGAGAGGAGGGCGUCGCCGCUGUCCUCGUCGGACGAGGAGUGGUCGUCGUCGUCGCCGAGCUCGUGCCUGUCGUCGGAGGGCGAGCGGGAGCCGCAGCCGCACCGCCUGCAGGGCCACGGGCUGCAGUGGUCGGACAGCCCGGAGGCGACGUCCAUGGUGCUGGCGGCCUGCCCGCGCUGCCUCAUGUACGUGAUGCUCUCCGAGGCCGACCCGCGCUGCCCGCGCUGCCGCAGCCCCGUCCUCCUCGACUUCCUGCACCACGCCGCCGGCGCCGCCCGCGCCAGCGCCAGCGGCGGCCGGGAGGGCGACGGCCACAGCCGCAAUGGCGCCCGCGGCGGCGGCGGUGGCCGGAGGAACAGGAGGGCAUGAUCGUUCGCUCGCGGAGCCGCGUCAAGAAACCAGAAGUUUUUUCCCCAAAUUAGCCCGAUUAUUAGCACCAGUAGCGCUCCCAUGAAUCGGUCGUCGCAAGAAAAAAAAAAGAACUGCUCCAGUGUAACCAUGAUAUUUCAUCUCCGGCGCCGGCGAGGUGGUAACCGUGGUAUAUCACGGAUACACUGGAGAGGAAUGGAACAAAGAGAUCUUCCCUGCUUUCUCA